AUGCCUGUACCAUUACAUCAAUGGCCCCUCCCCGCCCCCGCCAACAAGUAUCGCGGUCAGGCAAAACAGGUGAGCGAGGUACCUAGUCCUACCUACGCAAGUCUCUCCCACCCGUCUUGCAUUCCCGCCAUUCCCUUCCUCCUGCUUGGUCUGAAGUAUCCUCAGUUCCCCCAAAACGAGAUCUACGGCCUGAGCGACGCAUUCCGCAAGCUCGACAUCGACGACAAGGGCUACAUCGACGAGGCCACAACCAUCAAGGCCACCCAGCAAAGCGAGCGUCAACCCUACGAUGUCGUGAGACAGGCUCUCAAGGAGGUUGAGCUCGACUCGUCUCGCCGAGUCGAGUUGGAGGACUACGUUGCCUUGAUUGCGAAGCUUCGCGAGUCCUCCCCCGCCCAGAAACGGCUCUCAUCAGGUCCUGCUGCUCCCACCAACAUCGUCGCCCAAGCAACUGGUGGCGGUCGUGGUCAUGCGUCCAAGUCCAGCGUCGGCAAAAUUCACGUCCAGGGAUCGAACGCCAACGUCACUCACACCAUCAACGAGGAUGAGCGUACCGAAUUCACUCGCCACAUCAACGCCGUUCUGGCUGGCGACGCGGACAUUGGCAAUCGCCUUCCCUUCCCCACCGACACCUUUGAGAUGUUCGACGAGUGCAAGGAUGGUCUUGUGCUCGCCAAGCUCAUCAACGACAGCGUUCCUGACACCAUCGACGAGCGUGUACUGAACCGCCCCAAGAAGGCCAAGAACCUCAACGCUUUCCAGAUGACGGAGAACAACAACAUCGUCAUUGAGUCAUCCAAGGGCAUUGGUCUGUCGGUUGUCAACAUUGGCAGUGGUGAUAUUAUCGAGGGCCGAGAGCACUUGAUUCUUGGUCUGAUCUGGCAAAUCAUUCGCCGCGGCUUGCUCAGCAAGAUUGAUAUCAAGUUGCACCCUGAAUUGUACCGCUUGCUGGAAGAGGACGAGACACUCGAACAGUUCCUGCGACUUCCCCCCGAACAGAUUCUCCUUAGAUGGUUCAACUACCAUCUGAAGGCGGCCAACUGGCCCCGGAGGGUCAACAACUUCUCGACCGACAUCAAGGAUGGCGAGAACUACACUGUACUUUUGGCACAAAUUGGAUCCGAGUACGGUGCGACAAGGGCACCCCUCCAAACCCGCGACUUGUUGCAGCGAGCCGAAGAGAUUCUGCAGACCGCGGACCGUAUGGGCUGCCGCAAGUUCCUGACGCCAUCUUCCCUUGUUGCCGGUAACCCGAAACUGAACUUGGCCUUCGUUGCCAACCUCUUCAACAACCAUCCUGCUCUCGACCCCAUCACCGAGGAGGAGAAGCUGGAGGUUGAGGACUUCGACGCCGAGGGAGAGAGAGAAGCCCGCGUCUUCACUUUGUGGCUCAACAGUUUGGACGUGCAGCCUGCCGUUCAGUCCUUCUUCGACGACCUGCGCAACGGCACAGUACUUCUGCAGGCAUACGACAAGGUUAUCAAGGGCUCUGUAAACUGGCGCCACGUCAACAAGCCUCCUGCCCACGGCGGAGAGAUGUCGCGUUUCAAGGCCGUCGAGAACACCAACUACGCCAUCGAGCUCGGCAAGCAGAACCGCUUCUCGCUUGUCGGUAUCCAGGGCGCGGAUAUCACUGACGGCCAAAGGACACUGACGCUCGGCUUGGUGUGGCAGUUGAUGCGCAAGGACAUCACGGUAACUCUGUCAACACUGGCGCAGCGCCUCGGCAAGCGUGAAAUCACGGACUCGGAGAUGGUCAAGUGGGCCAACGACCAGGCGCGCAAGGGUGGAAAGUCGUCCAGCAUCAGAUCUUUCAAGGACCCUGCCAUUGGCACCGGUGUUUUCCUGCUGGAUGUGCUCAACGGUAUGAAGAGCAGCUACGUCGACUACGAUCUUGUCACCCCUGGCCACACUGAUGACGAUGCCUACCUCAACGCCAAGCUCAGUAUCAGUAUUGCGAGAAAGAUGGGCGCGACCAUCUGGCUGGUGCCCGAGGAUAUUUGCCAGGUCCGCAGCCGCCUGGUCACGACCUUCAUCGGUUCUCUGAUGGCGACGGCGGAGAAGCAGGGGCUGUAA